AGACGCGCACUUCCGCAGCACCUGUCUCCAACACUGAGCAGAGGAUGGAACUUUCAGGUCCGUAUCCGGCACCGAGGAUCCCACAGGUCGUGUUUUCGUGAGGAUUACCGCGCGCCCAGGUAUCCAGAACGCGCCACCUGAAGCUGCAGGAGCAGGAAGGCGCUUUGAUCCAGGAGCGGAAGCAGCAGCCUGUUGAUCGGCUCUGGACACCGAGGACCGAGGAGCCGGCCUGAGGUCUCAGAGGUUUGAUUGCAGCAGGAAACAGAAAACUCCAACCUGCCCAAAGUUUAACGAAUCAAUCGAUCUGCUAAAAGGCACGUGCAGCUUUUACGUUGUGCUUCUAUAGAUUGUGUACGUCUGUAACCUGGAUGGAUUUAUACGGAUUCAACCUUUAUUCAUAACCUUACAAAGCAUUGUAGUGUUAACACAUGAAAUAUCAGCUUCAUCAGUGGAAGUCAGAGGGAGACAAAGUGAAAUGUUCCCUGAUUUAAAACCUACAGCUGCAGCAGUGAGACCCUUCAUCUGCUUAAAUACGAAGUUUGAAAACCAAGAAAAAGUUCACACAUGAUGGAUUUCUAAGGACGUGCACGGGGGCUGAUCUCACGAGUUCCAGUCUGCACGGGGGUUUUAUUACGGCUCAUACUGUGGCAAAAACAUGAUGAUGAUGAUGAUGAUGAUAUGUCUGAGGCCUUAAGAUGCUUCAUCUGGUCCCAGUCUCCCGGUUUCAGAGGGUCCAUGCGUUAAAACCAUCAUCGUGCAUCGUCCAGCGACGAGCAGCUGAAUCAGGUGUUUCUCAGAGAGGAAGAAGAAGUUGGAACAGCAACACAAAAGCAAUUAAAAAGGCAUCAGUCCAUUUUCUCACCUGUUUAGAUCCAAAGAUCAUCACACUCAUCACUCUGUGUCUGAGGGCCGACGUCUCCUUCCUCCUGAAGCAUUUUCUGAACCUCUGUUUAACAUAAACUCCAGAGGUCAGUGUUUGUUUAAUCACGUUAGUCCGGACACACACGGACUCUCUGCAUACACACGGCAUUAGCAGCUAAGUGUGGCGGGACACGUGGCCACAGCAGAAGGUACUUUCCCUCUGACCGAAGGCUCGGGCUCAAUGGGAGGCAGUAAAUUAGAUUUGCCCUCAAAUGAACUUUCAUUUCUGCUUUUGAUUUCACAGGUGUUGUUCUGCCUCUGUGUGUUAAGUUCACAUUAGUGUAUCAGGUGUGUGGAGGUGACCUGGGAAGACUCAGGAGAUUCCUCAGAUCAGUUUUCUGAGGUUCUUCCUGUUUCACUGUCGUUUUGUUAAAUUGCAGAUGGCGGCCUCCACCGUCCUGGAGCUCAUCUGGGUGAGACCGGGAGAGAUCUGGGUUCUGACCAGGCCCAACUGAUCAGUCAUCUCCCAGACACUCACAGAUGCAGAGGGGAGGCAACAUGCCUGCGGCCUGCAGGAAAGGGAGGGUGCUCUACGUGAUGAUGACGCUCAACAUCUUCGUCUGCUUCCUGAUGGGCGUGUUGUGGAACCUUGGGCGUGACAAAAGCAGCCGCCAUGUGGUUCGAAUCCCAACCAAGAAGUUUUGGCACCAACCAGUACUGAGCGAAUCCUUCUGGAACAGGGAGCAGCAGCGCCUCGACUUCAUCUUCAACCCCAUCAUCAACUCUGCGCUCUCCAGCGAGCCUGUCGUCGAGCUGCCGGACUGGCUGAAUGACACCGGGCCACCGGACCCCUGUGAGCCAGACUACAGGGUCACCACGCAAAUCUUGGACUACAACUCUCUGCCGCAGCGAUUUCAGGAUUUUCUUUUGCACAUGCGCUGCAGGACGUACCCCAUGCUGAUAAAUCAGCCCCGCGUCUGUGAUGGAAAACCCUUCCUGCUGUUGGUGGUAAAGUCACUAACGCCACAUUUUGACCGGCGGCAAGCUAUUCGCCAAAGCUGGGGACGAGUGGGCGUCUUAGCCAAUCGGACUGUGGCGACAGUGUUCCUGCUCGGCAACACCAUGCCAGUAGACCACUUCCCAGACCUGCUGGGAAUGCUGGGACACGAGGCGGGCCUUCACAAAGACAUCCUCCAAUGGGACUACAGGGACACCUUCUUCAACCUCACCCUGAAGGAAGUCCUCUUUCUGGAAUGGUUCAGCCAAAACUGUCCCCACGCCCAGUUCAUCCUCAAAGGUGACGACGAUGUCUUUGUCAACACCUUGAGAAUUAUUGACUUCCUGGAGGGCCUGUCGGAGACAAAGGCGAGAGAUUUAUUUUUAGGUGAUGUUAUCAGUAACGCAGGUCCACACCGAGACAGAAAACUUAAGUACUUUAUCCCGGAGAGUGUGUUUGUGGGGCAGUACCCACCCUACGCUGGUGGUGGAGGGUACCUGUACUCUGGGGAGUUAGCGCUGCGUCUUCACAACAUAUCUCGACAAGUAGUCUUGUAUCCCAUUGACGAUGUCUACACGGGGAUGUGCCUGAAGAAGCUGGGCCUGGUUCCCGAGAAGCACACUGGCUUCAGGACAUUUGACAUUGAAGAGAAGUACAGGGACAACACCUGCAUCUACAGGAGCUUGAUGCUGGUCCACAGCCGGACUCCACAGGAGGUGCUGAAGAUCUGGCCGUGGAUUGUCCGUCCUGAGCUGGAGUGCCAGUGAACACCUCCAAUGAUAGUUUGCACUGUUGAAUUAUAAAACAUCUCAAUGCCUUUUUAAUUAUGUUAAAUCCUGAAAUCCAAGAAAAACCUGUGUUUGUAGUUUAAAUGAUUUAUUAACUGUAUUGUCGUUUGUUUUCUCUUCCAUGAGCUGUUUUACAUCUACAUAAAGCAGUUUUUCAAUCA